AUGGCGCCGACCAAGAAACGCAACGUGAAGCUGGUAAAUACAGAACUAAGCGUGAAAACAGCGAAAAUAGAUCUAAAUUGUAAAGUCGACAGUAUACUUGGGAGCCGAAAACACGCUAACGACGUUUUUGACGUAUUUGAGUUCCUUCAGUCAGAAAAUGAGAAAGAUGUUUUCACGGCUGUCGAUGCGUGCAGCAGGUUGUUUGGCACACUGUUGGAAAGAAAUGAGUUAUUUAAAGGAAAACUGCCAGCGGAAGACGACGCGUUGAAUGGUGAAUACAGUGCUCAGGACAAAUAUCGCAUCUUCAUGAGACACCGUUACAGCAACUGUGUUGAGAUGCUACUUGAACACCUUAAUCAUGAACUUCAUGAUGUCCAGGAAGCGUCCUUGUGUUGCCUUAUGAAGUUUGCAGCAGGAGAAGGGCAGUAUCCUCUGGAGGACUUGGAUUGGAGUGAGCAUUACAGUUUUCCUAGGAAUCUCAUACAGGCGUUAAUGGACAGACUAAUGUCCCGAACGACAGACAAGUCUCUGCUCAUCUCUCGGUUUCAUGAGUUUCUGGAGAAGGACGAUGUACGCUAUUACGUCAUGAGCUCCAUUCGUGAAAACAUGGGCAAAGUAAUGGACAAAAGCAAAGGGGAAGUGAUGCCUGUAUAUCAACAGAAUGUGUUUACCCUUAUGUCGAACAUUAACAUGGCAAGGGAUCAGUCUGAGCUGUCUGACUUCAUGGUCAAACAGGAAGCUAAACACGAGGACUGGAAAGCUGCUAAACUAAUUGAACACAAACGUACCUUUGAGCGGAUGUGGCUUGGGUUCCUCAAAUAUAAGUUGCCGACUAACAUGUAUAAAAAGGUCUUGGUGAUCCUCCAUGAUGCAAUUUUGCCCCACAUGAGCAAACCCACACUAAUGAUUGACUUCUUGACCGCAGCCUACAGUGUUGGUGGAGCGAUAAGCCUGUUGGCCCUCAAUGGACUUUUUGUUCUCAUACAUCAACACAACUUAGAAUACCCUGAUUUCUACAAGAAACUGUAUAAUCUCCUUGAACCUUCCAUAUUCCAUGUUAAGUACAGAGCCCGCUUUUUUCAUUUGGCCAACCUGUUCCUUAGUUCCAGCCACCUGCCGCUAUACCUUGUGGCUGCUUUUGCCAAACGCUUGGCUCGACUAGGCCUCACAGCCCCACCCACAGCGCUCCUCAUCGUGCUGCCCUUUAUCUACAACCUGAUACGUCGGCAUCCAUCCUGUCGGGUCCUCAUUCACAAGCCCAGUGCGGAAGAUGAGCCUUUGGAAGACCCAUAUAUAAUGGAUGAGGACGACCCCGCUCAGUGCAAUGCCUUAGAGAGUAGCCUGUGGGAAAUUAAGACACUACAAAGGCAUUACCAUCCAGAUGUGGCCAAAAUGGCCAUGUUGAUCAACACGCCAUUGCCACAACAGGAGGAUGACAUCAGUGAGACACUUGAAAAAACAACAUUUGAGCUGAUGGAGAAAGACUUGAAGCAGACAUCGACCAAGAGCAUCCCACUGGAGUUUGAAACUGCCACUCAGCUGCUGAAAGUCGGCAAAGAUGUGAUGGGGCAGCACUUUUGUCUGGAAUGA